UCCGAGAGAGAGAGAGAGAGAGAGAGAGAGAAGAGAGGAUGGGAGUGACCGCGAAAAUAGCGCCGUCGAUGCUGUCUUCGGACUUCGCGAAUCUGGCUUCGGAAGCCCAGCGCAUGCUCGAUUGUGGCGCCGAUUGGCUCCACAUGGACAUCAUGGAUGGGCAUUUUGUCCCUAAUCUAACUCUAGGUGCUCCAGUCAUCAAGAGUUUGAGAAAGCAUACCAAGGCUUAUUUGGAUUGCCAUCUUAUGGUCACGAAUCCUCUUGAUUAUGUUGAACCUUUGGGGGACGCUGGUGCUUCAGGUUUUACGUUUCAUGUUGAGGUGUCAAAAGAAAACUGGCAAGAACUUGUGAAGAAAGUCAAGUCAAAAGGCAUGAAGCCUGGUGUGGCUUUAAGACCUGGAACCCCCAUCGAAGAGGUUUACCCUCUGGUCGAAGGUGAAAAUCCUGUGGAGAUGGUCCUUGUCAUGACUGUAGAACCUGGGUUUGGUGGGCAAAAGUUUAUGCCAGAAACGAUGGAAAAGGUUUGCGUUCUGAGAGCUAAAUACCCAUCACUUGACAUAGAGGUUGAUGGCGGUUUAGGACCUUCUACCAUUGAUAUGGCAGCUUCUGCGGGGGCAAACUGCAUUGUUGCUGGAAGUUCAGUGUUUGGAUCACCAGAGCCAGCACAGGUUAUACUUCAUAUGAGGAAAAGUGUCGAGGAAGUGCAGAGUAGUAGUUGAUACUGUUGAAGGCAAGAUACUUCACUUGAUUCUUCUCGAUUUAUACAUGUAACAUGUUGCUUUAAUUAUAUGGCUCAAUUUUUAUGUAAGAUAUGUGCACUUGCCUUCCCUGUAAUGAUGUGACUAAUAAAGCCCAAAGACGAAGACAAUGUUUUUGGGACAUCCAAAGCAUGAGAGGUUUCUGAGAUGAAUUAUGCACAGACAUCAUGGAUUUUAAUCCAGAUUCAUCAUUUGGUUGGA